CGUAAGCCAGCCGGUGGUGUCACUCAACAACCGUGGAGACUUCUACCCACUCUAAACAUAUCAUACACUUCUUACUGAAAGGUAUAACUAUUGAUAAAAGCCUUCAGUUUCGCUGCUGCUGUUCUGAUGGUCAGCCAUGGAUGAAGACGACAGCCAAGAUGAGCUGAUUAACCGCAAUACAUCCCACAUCAAAGGAAAAAGAGCUGCAGUGUGGGCCAUCUCAGAUGACUCAGAAGACUUAGACGAGUCUGAAGAGGGAGAAUCUGAUGGUGGUGAGGAGGAGGAUGAUUAUACAAAUGGGGAGGAUGAUGGGGAAGAUGACGAAGGGAAAGAUGAUGAUGAUGAUGGUAAGAAUGAGGAUGAGGAGGAAGAGGAAGAGGCUAAGCCCGAGGAUGGUGCUUUUGGGGGAACCUCUGCUGACCUACCAGGCAUGAGUUCAGAUGAGGACGCAGAAAAGUGUCCUAUCUGCUUGAACUCUUUCAACAGCCAGCCUGUUGCAACACCAGAGAACUGUGAGCACUACUUCUGUUUCGACUGCAUCCUUGAAUGGGCUAAGAAUGCAACGUCAUGCCCUGUAGACCGUAUUGACUUUAGCAGUAUAUACCUUAGGAAAUGUUAUGGAGGCAAAGUCAAGAAAAUGAUAACCGUACAAAAGCCAGCAAAGGCAGGCCAAGAAGAAACGGUAGAUCUGGACCUAGAGCAAACCAGCUGUGAAGUUUGUGGGGGUAGUGACCGGGAGGACCGCCUCUUACUCUGUGAUGGUUGUGAUGCAGGGUAUCACAUGGAGUGCCUCACGCCUCCUCUUGACUCUGUACCUGUAGAGGAAUGGUUUUGUCCUGAGUGUGAAGCCAACAACCGCCACUCAAGAGGUUCAGUUGAAGAACUUAGUGAUACAGACAGCCGACCCUCUACUACCCGUCCUGCCACCAGUCGAUCCCGACCUCACUCUGCAGGUCCAACAAGAGCUAUCGCCCGUACCCAACAGAGUGAAAGGGUUCGAGCUAAUGUCAACCGACAUCGCAUCACACAGGCACGCACAUCACAGUUGGCUCCAACAUAUCUGAUGCGAUCCACGUGGCUGGAUGAAACCAUCAAUGCUGUGGUUGCUGGGCUCAACACAGCCGUGUACAUACGGGAUAUCACACCUCGGGCGCCAUCUCGUCGCAGACGCAGGACUGCAAAGCGCAGAAAGGUGAAAAGUAAGACGACAUCCUCUGCUAAGGGUAAAAAAGGCCAAGUGGCAAGCACAGGAGUCAAAAGGAGAAAACGGAGAGUAAGGAGGAUUAAAUCCAAGAAAAAGUUGAUGGUGAAAAAGACAGCCACUCCUAGAAGUCGUAUUGCUAAUAAUCUGGGAAUUGUUAAGGACAAGAAGAGCUCCUCGCUUCCUACGGUAUACAGGCCGGCAGAGCACACGUUAAGCAACAUGCGUGCUGACAUAGGAGCUGCUUCACUCUCUAUCUAUGGAGAUCCAUUUGACCUGGAUCCAUUUGUGGAUCGUGAGGAGGAGGAGCAGCAAGCCCACGUUACAUCGCUAUUGGAGGCCAAGAGGCGAGGGAUUUCUCACUCUGCUCUGCGCUCUCACCAGCCUGUUGCUCGACCAGUCACUGCAAGCCUCUCCAGGCGGGCUGUGCAUGUUCCACAGUCAGGAGCUGUGGUGGAGGCCGCUCCUGUGCCUGACCUGCUGGGCAGCAUCCUGACAGGACAGAGCAUUCUCUUGAUGGACAGCUCUGAUGUUGUCAUUAAUCGGGAUGGUUCCCUUAAAGCUGCAAAGCCAAUGAUGCCAUCUACAUCAGUUCCAUGCAACAGAAAAAACAGUAGCUUAGAAAGUACCAGCACCCUCAUCAGUCCAGGGAUUUCGCCUUCUUUAGGAAGCAAUUCAGGCUCUCCCUACUACAAUGAUGAUCUGCCAGGAUCCUCCCACAGCUCUCUGGAUAGACUUCUGACCCAGAGCUCAUCUCAUUCACCCUCCUUACAGCCUUCUUCAUCCAGCCACACACAACCAACUCCCCAUUCUGAUUUACCACCAAGAGGGAAUCUGAGUGUUCAGUCUCUUCGUCCAAAUGGACCAACCCCAUCUCCUAGUCGCUGGGGAGCCAGUGGAAUAAGAGCCCCAAUAGAAACCACUCACUCCUCCGUCCACCCCAUCCAAGACUCUGACUUCAACAGCAAGGGACUGACUCCAUCACAGUCCCAACCUAAAAAAGCACCUGCAAAGCCCAUGUGGGUAGAUGUAUCAGUGCUUCCAAGAAUACCAAAAAUAAAAAGGGAGAGUAGUAGUGUCACAACUGAUGGCACUAGUCAGAGUGGCAGUCAUGGUAGUAAUAGAGUUAGUAGUAGUCGGGGAAGUAGUAGUAAUAAUUACAGUAUACCUGAAACUGGCAUGAACAGCCUCUCUGGAGACAAAGGAAGACAACAAAGUGUAGACCAGCAAAAAGGCCAAGCUGACAGUCAGACCCAGAGGCACCGGCCUGAUGGUGCAAGCUCAUCCUCUGCCUUCUCCAACUCAUUCUCCUCCUCUUCUUCUGGCGCUCCUGCCAACCAGCAACGAUAUGCCUCGUCAUCUUCAUCUUCAUCCACGGUGAGUUUUCGCAUUAAUUCCAGUGGAAACUCUUGGCACACAAGGCGGCUAAGCAUUGCAUCAUCGUCUUCCACUGAAGCGACUUUACAGGAAACCUGCAGAAAAAAGUAUGAUGAAGCAAAAAAGAAACAGUUGCACAAAGAUAAACAAAUGCUGCUGUCAUCACGUACACUGAUCAGUAAAGAACGAGACAAUAAUAUUUAUGAUCCCUUUAAUCCUACACUGUCAGAUUCAAGCAGUUCAGGGGAUGAAGCCGAGAGCGCAAACUUAAAUCGCAGAUUUCAACAAACCACGUAUGAGGGGAGAGCUGCUACAGUUGCAAACCAGGAUGGAUCGGUGCUAAGCAAGCAGGGUUUAGUGCAGGUGAAAACUGAAGCACAGGAGUUUGAGGUUUCACAGGGGAGCGCUCAGAAUACUGCAUCGCCUGAGGUAGGGUUCUCUGGAUUGCGUGUCAAGGCUGAACAAGAAUUAAAAGUUAAAGAUGUAAAAAAUGAGAGACAAACAAUUAUUGACACUAAAGUUAAGAAAGAACAAAAGUGGGAUGAUGUACAGGAUUCUGAAAGGUGUGACAGAGUGAAAAGUCACAUGAAUUCACAAAAAGUAGAAACCACACCUGCUGCUCUUAGCUUGGAACGAUUAAAAACUGAGAAAGACACUCAAAGAGAAGAUAGUGGACAGUAUGCUGGACCUUCCAACAGAUCACCGUUAAACAACCGAGAUGACUCAUCUGCAUCUGACACUGUGACCACCAAAAAGAAACAAGAAGGAAAUAAAUCAAACUCCACUUCCCCUAAAUCUCCAGCAAAAGAUUUGGGCCACAAGAAGCAAACCUCCAAAGCUUUAAAAGAGCAACAGUCCAGUAGUUCGGAGACGGACAGAAGCAGAAGAGAAGAUCCUGCCUCAGGUCAGGGAAGCAAAAAAGAAAGGGAUAAAGACAGAGACAGGAGUUCCAGGCGGUCAUGGUCAAGAGAAAGGAGGAGGGCGCGUUCAUCCUCAGACAGCUCUCAGCCCUACUCCCCUGAUAGUACUCGAAGGAAAAGACGCCCGUCUCGGUCCAAAGAUGAGACGAGGAGCAGGCGAUCCAGGUCUUGUUCCAGCUCUGGGAGCAGAGAUCGUUCAAGGAAAAAGAAGGAGAAACGAAGGAGCAAGGAGAGAAAUGAUGGCAGAGAGAGGGAGUACAACAGAAGGAGACUGUCUGAGGACAAAAGACGUGGUCGGUCUCACUCAAAAUCUAAGUCAAAGUCCCGUUCCAGGUCCAGGUCUAGAUCUAGAUCGAAGGACCAUAAACGUGGUGCAUCUCCCUCAAAAUCACGGUCCAGGUCUAGAGAAAGGAAGAAAGAAAAAAGUAGAGGACAACAUACAUCUCUGUCUUCCAGAGACAAAGCAGAGUCACAAUCUAAAGACAAAAAAAGAAACCAGUCUCGAUCCAGCUCAAGAGACAGAAGGAAAGGAGAAAGUUCAUCCAGAACUGCACAGACAUCUUCAGGGCCAAGUGUUUCAUCGUCCAGAGACUCGAAUCGCUUACAGGAAAGACAACAGAAGGAUAGUUCUCAAAAAAACAUUGAGGAGGAAAAGUGUGCCAAAGUCAGUAAACAGGAGUUACCAUCUUGUUCCGUUGCUUCUCAAAUAAAAAAGGAAGAUGGAGACCUCAGUGAAGAAAACCAGACCAAAGCUACUGCAGUGACUAAAGAGAUUAAGAAUCAUAGAGAUAUUAAAGAAGAAAAACAACCAAGUCUGGACAUAUUUGAAGAGUUUCUCAUAGAUAAACCACUAAAGAGUGAAGAAACGGACACGCAGUCCUUGGCAUUGAGCAAGAACAUUCAUGAGGUAAUUGAAGACCCCAUUAAGACAGAGUCUUGUGAAAUGACCAUAAAUAAAUCUGAGUUCUGCCCCUUACCCCCUGUCACAUCACUUCCUACACUGACCACACCUGUUGCAGCAGACUGCCUCCAGGAAACCGUAUCCAAACCUCAGCCGGUUUUAGUGGACUCUGACAAGCAACCAAGUGCUGUUGGGUUGACUGUCUCCAUAAAACAAGAACCUGCAGACUCUGAUGAUGACUUCAAUGUUGACGUGAUGCUGGACAACCUGGAUUAUGUGAAAUCUGAGCACACAGAGGGGAGUGGUGUGACUGUUAAACAGGAGAAGGAAGAGGUUGAGGGGAAAAAUGAGGGGGAGCAGGUUUCAACUGUAGUGGGGACAAAGUCCAAGACUCAGGUAAAGCGGGUUACCUGGAACAUACAGGAGCCAGAGGGCCCUCAACCAGAGAAAUCUGCAAGCAAGCUGGCACUCUAUAAGUUGAAGCUGAAGCAGGAGGGAGUUCGCAGACCUUUUAUAGCAGCCCAGACAUCCAGUCAGGACAUUGCAGGGGCAGGUAGUAAUCCCUCAAAUAAGGAGGCUGUUGGUCUAUUCAGUGAUUGCUCUAGUUCUGAUGGCCUGCAUCCUAAGGAGUUAUCAUCAAGCACUAAACAGGGAGAGGUAGAGGAUGGAGAUUUAUCGAGGAAAGACAAGCAGUAUCUGAAAAAGCUGCACAUGCAGGAGAGAGCUAUAGAAGAGGUGAAGCUAGCCAUCAAGCCUUUCUACCAAAGGAGGGAUAUUAACAAGGAUGAAUACAAAGAAAUUCUACGUAAAGCUGUCCAGAAGGUGUGCCACAGCAAGAGCGGAGAGAUCAAUCCAGUAAAAGUGGGAAAUCUGGUAAAGGCAUACGUGGACAAAUACAAACAUGCUAGGAAACAUAAAAAAGGAGAGGAUUCAGCACCUGAGGCACAGACAGAAGCAAUGAAAAUGCCUGACAGUCCAUGAAGAGGCAAGGACAGUCCCAACCCGAACUUUGUGUUUUUAACUCCUGGCUGUGAUCGCAAAUUAAACUUUCCUCACAUUUUCUUUAAUCUUGAACUUUCGAAUACUUUGAGAACAAAGUUGAGCACUGCUCUUUGGUGUUUUUUUUUUUUUUUUUUGGCUUGGACUGCCACUGCCAGAAACUGGUCUUUUUGUCUGGUACAGCAGAAACUUACUGAGAGAGUUAGAGGCUAUGCCUUACAAAGACAAAACCUCAAACACUCGUGGACUCAUAUAUCAGGUAACCUUCUCAAUAAUGUGCAUAUCACCAGGAGGAUGCAGUGUGAUGUUGGCUUUGAGUUUUCCAUGGAAGUGUUUUUUUCCUUCCCUUGUGGGGUGGGAUGGAGUAUUUAUAAAAGGUAAGACUCACUUUAACUGUUCACAAAAGGAUAAAAUGUGCAGAGUAUGCAUAUUUGAAAAGUUUGACACAUUAAGAAAAUAUACUUAUGCAAUUUUUGUAGAAAAUUUAUCAGUAUUGUAAUGGAAUAAUAGAUUUAGUUGUAAAUAAUUCAGAUUUGAUACGAUCGCCUGUAUUUUUCCUCCAUAUUUGAUGCUUGUCAGUGAUGAGCAUACUUUGGUUUGUUUAUAGAGUUUACUGAUUUAAGUUGUGUAUCUGUCGUUCUCAUCUUUGAAAUCUAACCGAUUACAAUCCAGUUUAUGACGGAAAGUUUGGCUAAGUGGCUACAAAUAAAUAAUUGAAUAUAUUCUUAAAUGUCCACCAGUUCUGUGGAGGCAUUUGUUCUCUUUUCAGGAGGAAAAAGAAAGAAAAAGAAGUAAAA